UACCUUUCUAUAUUCUUGAUCCCCCAUUAUUUUCCAUGGCAUAUCAGAAACCAGUAAUGAAGGUUGAAAUGAAAGAUGUUGUACUCAUCAAACCAUCAAAAUCCCGUCCUUCAUCUAUUCUUUUUAUGUCUACACUUGACAAUAGACCAGACCUCAAUUGCCUGUGCCAAACUGUUCACGUGUACCGAUCACCACCAACUCAUGAUGAUUCUAAAUUGAGUAACCAGCUGCUAGACCCUGCUCUAGUGGUUAAAGAAGCACUCUCAAAGGCUUUGCUUUACUAUUAUCCCCUUGCAGGGAGGCUAGUAGAACAUGCUGACGGAAAACUUAGAAUGAUUUGCAGUGAUGCUGCAGAACAAGGACAUGGUGUUCCAUUCAUAGAGGCAUUUGCGAACUGCGAACUAUCUUCUGUCCAUUACUUGGAUGGCGCCGAUAAUGAUAUUGCGAAACAAUUGGUGUUUGAUCUUCCUACUGAGGAUGAAAGAGGGCACCAAUAUCCGUUGGUGUUCAAGAUGACCACAUUUUUGUGUGGGGGUUUCACAAUUGGAAUGGGGAUAUUACACACAGUUGUUGACGGCUCCGGCGCGUCUCAAUUCUUUCGGGCCAUCGCGGAACUCGCGAGCGGAAGAAGUGAGCCGUCAGUGAAGCCUGUGUGGGAGAGAGAGAGGUUAGUGACAUCAAUUAUCAGCAAACAGCCAUUGCCAUGCGUUGUGGUCAUUGAUAAGGCUUCUGCUACAGUUUCACCGUUUGUGCCAACUACCGCUAUCACGCAAGUUUGUUUCAAGGUGAACAGCGACCUCAUAAGAAGGCUCAAGUCGGGUUUGAUGAAGGAAUGUGAUGAAGAUGAUCAUGAGAAUUUGAAGGAAUGUGCCAGCAGCACGAGACAUGUUUGCGUCUGUAGCUAUGUGUGUCUUCUCACCUCCUCACAAGUUGGACGAUGAUCCGUUAAUGAUUGGAGGAGCUAGGAUUUUCAUAACACUGCCUAUAAAUGCAGUGCCCAAGUUUAGGGAGGAAAUGGAAGCUCUCAAGCUUAGGUAUUAAGCCUUUUCUAGCAAGCAAUCAAGCGUAACUCAGUCUCAGUACAUGCAUAAGAUGUAUCACAUCUCUCUAGUUCUGCCUUUUUUUUAGUUUGUGUCACUUCUUAUUGUUUCUUGUUGUUGAGCUUUGAUAAUUAUGUAAUGUGAUGCGUAGGACCACUUGAUUAGCAUAUAUCAUAUAAUAUAUGCAUAGUUGAAAUUUCUUUUUUAAUUGUACUUUUGGUCCCUCAAUUAAAUCAUUUGUGUGAAAGUGGUCCAAAAAAAAUGUAUGUUUUGGUACUCCGCUUAGAAGUUCAUUUCCAGUUUCAGUUUUCCGUCUUCUGUGAAAAAAGCUAACAGUUAUGGCUUAAAAAAUAAAAAAAAUAAAAAAAUUAGAAACCUAGAACGUUCAUAGAGUUCACCAUCUUCUUUAAACUUCAUCAUUUUUCAUUAUAAAACGCAGACAGAAAAGAGAAAACAAACACUCAUAAGUCAUAAAUCAAUCUCCUCAAUUCCACUCGUCAUCAAUCGUUUCUUUAUCAUUCAUCUAAAUUUCUUUUUUAUCAUUCAUCUUCACAUAGCACAAAUGCAAUGUCCACAAAAUUUACACACUCUGCUAUUCAGUCAACACCACUGCACCAAAGCCACCCAACCAUCAGCAUCAAUAGAAAAUACCCACAGCCACAACCGCACCAAAGCCACACAUAUAACUCCCAACUACAUUCAACACAAACCCCCCAUAAUCCACCAUCGCACCAAAGCUUUACCAAACCGCAUAUGCGAAGCUGUUGAAUAUUAAUACAAUAGCUAGGAUCGAUUUAGAGGCUUUAACUUUCAGUUAGGGUUUUGGCUUGAUCACCGUCAUUGUUUAUG